AUGGCGGACGCAAACACUUCACUCGCGCAGGACACUGCCAAUCUGCACCUUGACGAGGUCACGGGCGAAAAAGUCUCCAAGAGCGAAUUGAAGAAGAGACAGAAGCAGAGACAAUUGGAAGAAAAGAAGAAGGAGAAGGCCGCGGCUGCACCUCCCAAGCCCGAGAAGAAGACCACAAGCGCCGAAAUGGACGAGAGCAACCUCAACCCCAAUCAAUACUUCGAAAUCCGAAGCGGCCGGAUCAACCGACUACGAGAGACCAAGAAUCCGAACCCGUACCCUCACAAGUUCCACAUCAACACCAACUUGAGCCAGUUCGUCGAAGAAUAUGCCGACCUCAAGCCCGGCGAGCACAAGAAGGAGGUUGAGAUACGGGUCGCAGGCCGAGUAUACACCAAGCGAGCAGCUGGCGCUAAGCUAGUCUUCUACGACAUCAGAGGAGGCGGCGCAAAGGUCCAAAUCAUGUGUCAAGCACAGGAAGCCUCCGGCGACGUCCCUUUCGAAGCCCAGCAUGAACACCUUCGACGAGGAGACAUAAUCGGCAUCGUAGGCUAUCCAGGUCGAACAGCACCAAAGAACCGUCCGAAUGAGGGCGAGCUCUCCGUCUUCGCACAGCAGGUCAUCCUUCUUACACCUUGUCUACACCAGAUCCCCUCCGAGCAUUUCGGUCUGCAGGACGUCGAAACCCGGUUCCGCCAACGCUACCUCGAUCUGAUUAUCAACGACCGGUCGCGCAAAAUCCUCCUCACAAGGUCCAAGAUUGUCUCGUACAUCCGACGCUAUUUUGACUCCCAUGGCUUUGUGGAGGUCGAAACUCCUAUGAUGAAUUCGAUCGCUGGCGGCGCCACGGCCAAGCCAUUCGUCACACAUAUUAACGAGUACGACACCGACAUGUUCAUGCGUAUCGCUCCAGAGCUUUAUCUCAAGAUGUUAGUCGUGGGCGGUAUCGAAAAGGUCUACGAGUUGGGCAAGCAAUUCCGCAACGAAGGCGCCGAUCUGACUCACAACCCCGAGUUCACCACCUGCGAGUUUUACGAGGCUUACGCCGACGUCUACGACGUCAUGGACCGGACAGAAGAGCUCGUCUCCGGCCUUGUCAAGGAAGUCACAGGAGGGCACAAGACGACAUUCCAUACACAGACGGGAGAGGUGUACGAUGUCGACUGGUCCACUCCGUGGAAGCGCGUGGAAAUGAUUCCUGCACUUGAAGAAGCGACUGGCGAGAAGUUCCCACCUGGCGACCAAUUGCACACAGCGGAAACGAACGAGUUCUUCAAGCGUCUCCUGAAGAAGGUCAAUGUGACAUGUUCACCACCCGAGACCAAUGCGCGCAUGCUCGACAAGCUGGUUGGCGAGUUCAUCGAAGAAAAGUGUAUCAACCCGACCUUCAUCACUGGCCAUCCGCAAAUGAUGUCACCUUUGGCCAAGUACCACCGUUCUCAAGCGGGUAUCUGCGAGCGUUUCGAGGCUUUCGUUUGCAAGAAGGAGAUUGUGAAUGCGUACACUGAAUUGAACGAUCCCUUCGAUCAACGCCUACGGUUCGAAGAGCAAGCACGCCAGAAGGCCCAGGGUGACGACGAAGCCCAGAUGGUGGACGAGAACUUCUGCACAAGUCUCGAGUUCGGCCUGCCGCCAACAGGAGGCUGGGGUAUGGGUAUUGAUCGAAUAGUCAUGUUUUUGACCGACAACUACACAAUUCGUGAGGUGUUGGCCUUCCCGUUCAUGAAGGAGGAUAAGGACAAGGAGAAGAAACUGGCUGCGGAGGUUGUUGGAAUCGAGCCCAUGCCAGAGGAGGAAAUCUGUAAGUGCCACAGGGACAUUACUGUUGUUACAGCAUACUAAUUGCGUGCACAGCACAUUGAUGAGUUUUCGACACGACUUCAGGCAGGGUUCGAAGAGGCCCGAAAUGACUAUGUUGUGCAAGGUGUCAAGCUGGGAUGAUGAGUGCUAUACGUCUCAGUGCGACUUGUCGAAUGAACCCGACGUGCUUAUGGGUGGAAUAUGCGAGCCGCAUAUAGACUGUGAUGGCACAUGAAAGUGGCUCGCAUCUAUGUUUGAGACGAGGAGCAAUAGCGUGACGACAAUCGGUACAUGGCACUGUAUCUUACGCCUUGC